GAUAGCUGAGGAAUGGAUACUCGUUCAGCCUUAAGAGGAAUCUGGAAUCAGGCCAACUUUUGUAAAAUAAUCAAAAAUGAAGUUUUCUUUUCUUCAAAUGAAAGGGGUAUACUGCAGCAACGUUCGCGUGAACACACUAGAGCACCUGGACAGUGUACAGAGAAAAAUGUUUGUAAUAUGCACACAGGGGGAGCAGACAUUGAAAUUCAGGAGGCUAUGUCGUCCGAUAUUUCCAUGAGAGAAGGUAUUGUGCCUCAGCUUCGUCGUUCCCUUUCGCUUCCAACUUUCGAUAUGAACACAAGUUCUUUAAAAUCUGUACAUUGCUUUCAGAAAGAAAGCUUCCUUUAUCAACGUUGUGUGAGAAGGAAAGAAGGUUCUGAAAGCUUUCAUAUUGAGUUUUUAAAUGUUUAUCUCAAGGAUGAAGCAGUAGUGAUAAAUCCUGCUUGUUUGGCAAGAAAGGAAACCAAGUUGACGCGUGGCAACUCUUUGAGGCCUUCAACAGAGGAUAAAUUGAACUUUCUAUCCUGUGGGUUAUAUUCAUGCGGAGAUAAUGUAAUGAGUGAUAAAAUGAUGACCAGUGUUCUCACCUGUUCGCAACAAUCACAGAAGAGAGUGACGCUCUAUUUGCUGGAUUGGGAUGAUACUUUCUUUCCUUCUACAGCCUUGGCAUCUUUUGAGUCAUUUUCAUGUUUGCCAAAAGAGCUAAAAAUCUGUUUGAGAAAAUUAGAGUGUACGAUAAUGAUGCUUUUGGAAGCAUUGAAUAGUACUGGCUUUGUUGCUAUUGUUACUAAUGCGAACGCCGAUUGGGUUGAAUUUAGUUGUCGCCAUUUCAUGCCGAAACUAUUGCUACGCCUAGAAGACCUUGGAAUACUUAUUUUAAGUGCUAGAACCUUAUUCGGCAGCGACUCAAUGUCUCCAAUUUCCAGUUGUCCUUCAGAUUGGAAAGCUGCGGCUUUUUUAAAACUGAUGAUAUAUUUCUUUUCUUCAACUGCUACCGAAAAUAGUGAAAUUUUGAAGCUUAACAAGCACAGCAUUUCAGGUAAUUGUAGAAUGACAGGCUUGAAUCAACAGGCAGAAAGUAGAAGAAGCAAACCACCUAUUUAUAGUCUUUUAAGAACAUCCCGUUUAUCUACUCAUGCAGUUUGGUUUAAGGCUAUGCAUGCUUUAGACUGUAUCCAUCAAACGGAAAAGAAAAGAAACGAAAACGAACUUGAACAAUCGAUGUUGAAUCACUCGAAUUGGAAGUUUGAGAAAGCUGUUUUGCUAGACAGCAACUCAUUCGUUUGCCAUCAUAUCAUAGCGAUGGGUGAUUCUUGUUUCGAACAAAAUGCUAUGAAUACUCUACGAGAACAAUAUCGGCAAGCGCAUUUCAAAUUUAUUCAUUUUGUUUCCGAGCCAUCUAUUAUGGCGUUGUUCCUCGAGUUAAAGUCUGUCUAUUUCUCGUUGCACGAAAUUAGUAGUUUUGCAGGUAACUUAGAAAUAAGAUUGAAUGUGGCGCAAUAGGAUUGUGGGUACUUUUCGGUUUCUUCCUUACUAAUUUGUGUAAAAUAUCGAAUAAUUUUAAGGGUCUAGUUGAUAGUUGUGCUCAUAGUUUGUGAAUUUUGCUAUAAGUUUUUUAAAUUGAAUAUACUUUGUCUGAGGCAA